GCUGAUGGCUUCGUCGAAGCAGAUUGCGUUCAAAUGUCAAGCGGAGAACGUAGCUUUUCUCAAGUGCAAGAAGAAUGAUCCAAACACUGAGAAAUGUCUCGAUAAGGGCCAGCAAGUUACUCGAUGUGUCCUUGGCCUUCUUCGUUUUCCUCUAACUGUAGCCAUAAUCUAUACUUGAUCAGCAGCUCUGCUCCCUACUUGGUCACUAUCCACAGUUCUUGGUCCGCUCCUCACUCUAGAAUUUGGGUAUAUUGUAUUCUCAACGAGAUUAUGCAUCUUUAUUAAAAAGCAAAUUUUGUAGCCUGAGAAAGCAGAGGAAAUAUGGUCGUUAAAGAAUGAGCUCUGUAUUUGAGUCCACUCCAUAUGCUUUCUCUCCCUAGAGUUGCAGCUACUGGCUUUCUACACCUCAAAUUAUUAUCCAUUUACCAACUUAAACAAACACAUGCCCAGUUGAUUGUCAAUGGUCUCAACUCACCCUGCCUUGCGGCCAAACUUAUCAAGCAAUACUGCACCUUAUUAGGCCAACAGAAGAACUACUGUAAUGCCCGUUUAGUAUUCGAGCACUUUGACAAGCCUAAUCUGUUUCUCUUUAACACUUUGAUACGAUGUUCUCCACCAAAAGAGUCCAUUCUUGUUUUCUCCAGAUGGGCAUCAAGGGGAGGCUUAGUGUUCGAUGAUUUCACCUACAUUUUCGUUCUUGGUGCUUGUGCUCGAUCACCUUCAGUCCCUACAUUAUGGGCAGGGAGACAAAUACACUCGUGGAUAAUGAAAGGCGGUACUAUUUCGAAUACUAUGGUGCAGACUACUUUAAUACAUUCUUAUGCGAGUAAUAAGGAUGUUGGCUCAGCCCGAAGGGUGUUUGAUGAAAUGGUUGAUAGAAAUAAUGUUACUUGGAAUGCCAUGAUCACAGGGUAUUGUUCACAAAGAGGAAGUGCUCGUGAUGCAUUGGUUCUGUUUCGUGAUAUGUUGGAUGAUGCUUAUGGGGCAAAACCAACCGAUACUACUAUAGUUAGUGUUCUCUCUGCAGCUUCUCAGUUCGGUGUUUUGGAAACAGGUACUUGUAUGCAUGGGUAUAUAGAGAAGACAAAUUGGGUUCCUGAGAUUGAUGUGUUUAUUGGCACCAGUCUUAUUGACAUGUACGCAAAAUGUGGAUGUCUUAAUAGUGCUUUAUCUGUUUUUUCACGAAUGAAGGAGAAGAAUAUCUUAACAUGGACAGCAAUGGCAACUGGAUUAGCCAUUCAUGGAAAGGGAAAAGAAGCAAUAAAACUUUUGGAUUCAAUGGGGGCUUCUAGAUUAAAACCAAAUGCUGUGAGUUUUACUAGUUUACUUCUAGCUUGUUGUCAUUCUGGGCUUGUAGAAGAAGGACUCUGCUUGUUUAGUAGCAUGAGCAAGUUUAAUGUCACCCCACAGAUGCAACAUUAUGGUUGCAUUGUUGACCUUCUUAGUCGAAAUGGGCUCUUGAAAGAGGCGUACGAGUUUAUAAUGGGAAUGCCAGUUGAACCUGAUGCUAUCUUGUGGAGAAGUUUGCUAAGUGCAACCAGAAUUCAUGGGGAUGUUGCAAUGGGUGAGAAGGUUGGGAAGCUCCUUAUUCGAGUACAUCCAGAGCGGAGUUCUUUGAAUGGCACUAGUGAAGAUUAUGUAGCUUUGUCCAACAUUUAUGCUUCUGCAGGGAAGUGGGAGGGUGUGGAGACUGUAAGAGAGGAGAUGAAGGUCAAAGGAAUUGAAAAUAAAUUUGGAUGUAGUUCGAUUCAAACUACUACUGGUAUGGACCCUCUUGAAAUUUAUUUAUGAUAAAAUUCUUAUUUGUAAAGCUUUAAUGUUUCAAAACAUGUCAUGAACAUAACUUAAAUAUGUUUAUUGAGGAAUUACCAUUGUUGAUGACAAAGGAAAAAAAAAAAUCUUACAUAGAAAAAAUGUUGACAAUUUGGUACGUGGAAGACUUUUACAUUGACUUCUCAAAUCUUGUGUACACUAUUCCACUGUGGUCCUUUAACGAUGAUUCGGCUAUGAUGGCCAUGAGCUGACCUUCAUCAUCACCUACCAAAUUGGCACAUGAUGCUUCCUCCUAGAACUUUAUCAUUUGCACUAUGUUUGGUAGGGAGGAGAGAUGGGAGGAUGGAGAGUAGAAAGGGGAGGUGGAAUCUAUUGUUUGGUAGAAGGGAUAAAGGGAGGGAGAGGAGAGAUGGAGGGAGACCUACAAAAAUUUGAUCCGUCCACUUUUUGAAGGAUUUAAUAAAAUGACAAACUAAAAAUAUUAAAUAUUAAAAUUAUCCUUUCAAAAAUAACAAAUACUUAUACUAAAAAGGAUACUUUGAUAAUUUUAAAUAACUAACUUACUCUCUAACUUUACUCCUAAUAACAAGUGACAGAAUGGAGAGUUAUUAUCCUCUCCAUUCUUCUUAAACUCUCUCUCCAUCCAUCUUUGAGAGAUCAUUUGCGACUUAGUUCAAGUUAGCUAGGAGGUUAACUUCAAUGGGUUUGAAUGGAAGUGGCGAUGACUAGAACUAUUAAUUAAAGUCGUUUAUUACUUGAUCCAACAAGGUGAUAGACAUUGGAGGAUAUUCCCAAAACCAUUGCCUAGCAACCUCGCCUAGGGUGGUUGGAAAAACUUGCACUAGGCAAGGUUGGGUACUUUGACAAUCUGCUCAAUCUAGAUCUCAAAAUUAUUGAUAUGCUUUGAGGGAUCACCACAACUAUCAUAAGUGGCCAUCAAAGGCAUUUUGAAUCCAUCAAGCAACAAGACUUGCUAAACCUCUAUAGAAAAUGGACAGGCACACCUCAAGUUUAAUAUUGGCGCAUUCUUUCCCUCACAUAUUUCCCUUACAACUCUUCCUAGUCGACUAUUUCGCCUGCUAAGGGAUUUAUGUCAGCGUUGGAUUUUUCACCAUCUAAGUUCUCUAUAGCCUUAGGGGUGCAAUAUUGCCUUCACGCUUGCCCAUUUGAGUGUCUAGCUAGCCCUUGAGUUCAGGUUGGAUAGCAGUGAUUUAGUUUUGAAGAUUGGCUGAUUAGUUAUUGAUUCACCUCUUAAGUGGUAUCCAUCAUUUUGGGAAUUUCGUCAUGUCAGUUGUUUAGAUGGUCUUGGAAGAGCAAACAUUUCUCAUAUUUUUUUUUUCUGUUUUCAUUAUCACUCAUUACGGAUCUGUCAUCAUUGGACUGUACAUGUUUACUACGAGAGAUGCUUAACGAUUUCGAGAUUGCUAAUGUGCAAUAUUUUGCAUUUAAUUUCCAAUUUUAAGUUUCACUUUAGUUUUACAUUUAAUUUACAGUGAGGGUUUAACAUUUUUAUGAAAACCAAAACUUUUGAACUAAUGUUUCCAUCUUCAAGGCUUGUUCUUAGGAGUUUCAUUUUAGAAUUAUCAGAUCUACUGGAUAAGCUCUGAUGUUUCUUCCAAGGCCAACAUCCUUAUUUGGAUUUUUCUUUUGGACCCUGAUUUUCUGAUUUUUACAUUUUGUUAAUGGUUACUCCUUAUCUACUAGUUGAUUUCACUCUUAUCUUCUUAUUUAUGAAGUAAUGAUUAUUGUUAAUAUUGAAUUAUGCUUACGUUUUGUAUGAAAAUAUAUUUCUUAUUCAUCCACGAUAAGAUAUGAAAUUUUGAAUAGGGAUUUUAUGACUAUUAGCUUGUCUGUAGCUGGAAAGGAAUAUGAGGAUCUUUGAAUAUUGGGGGUGGGUUGUGGUUCAGUUUGGGGCAAGGCUUUAAUAUAUAGACUUAUUUCUCUUAAGAAUUAUAAAUAGUGAUUGUUUUCAGAACUAGUUUGGAGUUCUCUUUUGAACAUAUGAUGAUAUUUUACCAUCUUUUGGUUCUUUCUCUAUCAAUAAAUAGUUCUUGAUUCUUAUGUAUAUUAAAAAAUGUGUCGAAUUCUUCAUUCCUGUCAUAGGAGCAAACAGACAACAUUCUCAUUGAUCUUGUCAUUGUCAUAGGCUGAAGAAUUUGGUGAUGCAUUUGGAAUUACAUUGUUUCAAUUUCGUACUCAUCUCUAUUAUAGUGUUCAGUACAUCCUCAUUUGCAAUUCAAUAAGAACUUUCAUUUCAUAUCCUAGUUUGGUUAGAGAUGCCUGGUUUUUUUUGGUUAGAUUAGAUAAAAGACUGCAUCUUAUCUUUCUUUGAUAGAGUUGUCAAGCAAUCUACGGGGUUUCUUUUUUCAUUGUUGUUGUUGUAAAACAUGAAUUUUCUGUUGAUACAUUGCCAGGUUGAGAGAUCUUCACCAAAAAU